GAAACAGAAUCUAAUAGUCAAAACACGUCAAUGCUUAAUUCAAGAGGCAAUAAUCGUAACCAAGAUAACUUUAUUUCUUCAAAUAGAAUAGCAUCUUCAAGGUUGAUGCCAAUACCUGAUUCAAGAGAAGAUAGUUUAAUUCCUUACAGAUCAAUGCUAGCUCUAGAAUCAAGAAAUGGAAUUGAUUUAAACAGAGCAUCAGAAACAGUUUCAGAUUCAAGAGCGAAUAGUCAAUUCGACUAUGUUUCUUUAAAUAAUACUUCAUGGUCUAGACCAAUAUCACCUUUAAGAUCAAGAAAUAAUACAAUGAAUAUUCUGAGGAAUGAUACUCAUAAUGCAGAGACUAACUCAAUCUAUCACUUUGAUAUGACCAAUAAACUAGCAAAUCAUAUGCAUUUGUUAAUACAAAUGCAAAUCGUAAAAGGAUUGCAAUUUAUAUCUUCUAACUUUUCUGGACUAAAUACUAUGCCAAGUCAAGAAAAUAAAACAAAG